AUGGUCAGUGUGCGAGAUAUGCCCUAUACCGUGACCAACUCGUUCAAGAGGGGUCUCAUGAUGAAAACCUACAGCAAGCCCAUCCGCCAGUUCUGGGACGAUGCCUCGCGUCCCGCUGCCAAAAAGAGACGCGUCGAUGCCGGCAAGGACCAGAAUGGGAGCGAGACCAAUCUGGAGUGCGCCAUCCGCGAGUCCUCCGCCGCCAUUCUCUCCAGCCCGUCGCGUCGCAACUCGGUCAGUUUCUCCGAGGAUGUGCUGGACGACCUGUCCACGCCGCCCUCAUCGCCGCCAGCCCUGCAAUUGACGCCCCCGCCGGCUAUUACGCGAAAACCCACGUUUUCCUUCCUCAAGCGGAAGAGGUCGGCCACCAGCGUGUCGGCCGCCGGAACCCCAUUGGCAGAGGUGAACUCGAACAGCUUCCUGCCAGCAUCAUCGGAGCCGCCUAAAAAGAAGCAGCAGACGCACCAGCCACCGGUCCUGAAGCAGAUGCAGCUUGACCUGGGCGGUGAGGUUCGCAAGACGUGCCCGGGGUGCGGCAUGGAGUACGUGCCGUCCAAUCCAGAGGACAUGGCCCUGCACAAGAAAUUUCACGACAUGAACGCCAACGGCAUCGAUCUCGGCAAGGCAUUUGUGCGAGCGAACGCGUGCCGAUGGGUGUACGAGGCAACGCGGUUCGAAGAGGGCUACGUGGUGAUUGUCGACCGCAAGAGCUCUCCGUCCACCAAAAACCAGGCAAAGCGAGUGCUGGAGGUGGUCAACAAGGAGCUUUCCGCGCCGGAGAUUGAGGACGCGAUGCUCUGGAGCCAGAUUGAAACGCCAAAACAGUUUCGGAAGAACGGGUCAAAGGAGGAAGUGGAUCGGUUCAAGGUGUUUCUGCACAUGAAGGACAGCAAAUGCGUUGGGCUGUGUUUGACGGAGCGGAUAUGGGAGUCUCACCCCGUCAAGAGGGACAGCAAAAAGACUGCCAGGAACCCGGCUGAGGGACCCGAUAGCUCGUCAAUCACACCGUCCCCGGAGAAGCACCCGGCCAUCGUGGGCAUUUCACGAGUCUGGACGUCGUCCUCGUCGCGAAGAAAGGGUAUCGCUAUGGACCUGCUGGACUGCGUCGUGGGGAAUUACUUUUACGGCAUCGAGAUCCCCAAGUCCAGGGUGGCGUUCAGCCAGCCUACAGAAAGCGGCUGUCGCUUGAUGGAAGCGUUCUUUGGCCCUGAUGAGCCGUGGCAUGUCUACAAGGAGAAUUAUGCGACCGCCUAA